UAGCAGAGGAGUUUUGGUGCUGAUGAAGUAACAUUUUUAUCCAUAUAAACACCGGCGGAGCCACGUUUUCUUCAUUUUUUUCAGUCCCCAGUAAUACUAAUGUUUGACCUGAACGGGCUCUAAGUGUGUUAAUUAGAUUCCGGGGGGAUAGUUGAGGGUUUUCCUGGGUACCAGCCAGAGCUAGCAUGCUAGGCGGCUGUCAUGGAUGCGCUGAGCAUCGUCGUGGAUGAGGUGUCUCUGGAGGGGCUGGACGGGAUCACCGUGCCCUCCCUCUGGACACGGCUGGCCCACAGGCUGCCCAGGUUCCCCCUCCACCUGGACGACUGUACCAAAGGGUUUCUAUGGAGGACGCUGGCCGUCAACCCCGACCUGAACUUCUACGUGCUGCCCCGAGAGAGAGACGACCUGCAGCUGUUUGACAGGUUUAGGGAUGUUGACCUAGAGACGGGCACUGACCCACGGGAGAAGUUUCCUGAGGAACCGAAAGACAUCUACCCUGUCCUUGUUAUUCCUGACAAUAAGGAUGGUAUACGGGGAUCAUGUGUCUUCUUCAAAGAGAGGAAGGAUGUCACAAAGGAAGUCCGUUCAAAGUCCCUUGCCCCGCUGAUGAGCCUGGAGGAGGCUUUAGAAAAGUAUGGGCGGAAACUUGUUGUUGUGGCAUCUCAGACACUGCGGUUUCGGACACUGAUUGGCAGUGAGAGCGACCCUGAUCUAAAACUCACCAAUGACUCUUACUGCGUGCUGGAAAGAGUGGGUCGAGCACGCUGGCAAGGAGAGCUACAACGAGAUCUGCAUGCAGGCCCCUUCAAGGCAGAUGCUCGGAAAUUCCACUACUUGAGGAAGUCUCUUGUCAGGCAUGAACUGAUCACCAUGCAACCUUACAUCAAACGACCAAAGUCUGGACAGCAGCUACACACCAUUCUUCUCCUGCUCAAACGCUUCCAUGUAAAUAGACGGACUAAGUAUGAGAUUCUGAUGGAGUGUGUGUCCAACUUUCUCCAGAAGUUACCUGGUCAGUUUGCCACUGUGGACAUGCUCAAAGCAUAUCUUAAUUUGAAUGAUGUUAUUUUCAAACGUCUAUUUAAAAACAUCCGAACUGCCAAGAUGACCGAGUUUUGCCAGUACCCGUUGGAGGACUUGGAUCCCAGCGCUGGACCCUGCACCAACAAAAAUGGUAGCAAAGUGCAGGUGCGAUGUGUAAAACUAAUAAAGCCAUAUGUAAAGAAGGGCGUCACAUGUGAUGAGGACGACGAGGAUGAUGAUGACGACGAUGAUAGCCCUGGAGCAAACCGAGGAGAGCUGCCUCCAGAGUGUCGAAUCCUGGAGAAGGAUGUCAUAUCGCAGGCCUAUCAACUCAUACUGUCCAGUGGUACAAAUGGAAUCCCGCAGAGUGCUAUCGGAUCAAGAAUGAAUGUGGGGAAACUGGAAUCUCGUAUGAUAUGGCGAAAGCUGGAGAGAGAUGGUGUGAUUAAGGGAUUUUUGGUGGAUGAAGGUCGACAGAGGACUACAAGAUUUAUCAGCCAUAGGUGUGUGGGCGUCAGUGAUCAACUACAGCUGUUUGCUAAGGAGCAGGAACGGAAGAAGCAGCUAUACUCCUCUGCACCACAAAUGUCAAAUGCUGAACCGGGCACAUCAACACCGCCAACCUCAAAUAAAACCACCAAAACUUGUGCAUCCAAGAAGAAUACGAAAACAAGCAGAGGCAGAAAAAAAGAUGCAGAAGACUGGGACUCGCGUGACAAUGGAGGAAAGAAAGUGGGUAAAAAGGGAGGUAAAGCCAAAGGAAAGUCGAGGGCAAGAAGGAAAGUUUCUACUGAAAAAGAAGAGGUGACAACAAAACUGGACAUUCCAUUGAUACAUCCUGCACCAGCUGAAUGUGAAACCCUGGUCUGCACUGGAUCCAUGACCAAUAUGACCCCUGACUCCGUAUCCAUUCCAGAACCAGACCAAAGUGCAGUUGAAGAUGAACAACGAUGCAACUCGACACAAGCCAGCACUUUGCCUGAUUGCGAGGCCUCAAACUCCACCGAUGACCCAACGAACAACAUUGUUGUUGUUGAUAGUGUUUACACACAGUCACAGAGGCCUCAAGAGACGUACCGCCUGUUGAAGAGGAAAAAUCUGAUUGUUGAAGCUGUCCGGAACCUCAAAAUCAUUGACGGUUUAUUCCCACUGCGGAAGAUGAUCAGUGAUGAAGAGAAGCAGAAUGGUUUUAGUUCGAAGUGUUGCAAGAAGACUAUUUCACGUCUCGUCCACUGUCUGUCCAAAGAAGGCUUGCUUAAGAUUUACUCAACCACUGUUAUACAGGAUGGGGUCACCAAGAAGGUUGACAUGAUCGUUCAUCCAUCCAUUCAGCCCAAUGACAAAAGAGUUACCCAGCUUCUAGAGCAGGUCCGAUUCAAAAUCUCCAGCUCCUACUCAGUUAUGCGUGCGCAGCGUGAAGAAAAUGCACCAGAACAUUUGCGCAAUUUGACAGGACCGAAGGGGGAGGAUGACGAGGAUGACAUCGACUUCAAGCCCAUACCAGUUCGUGGAUUGGGUAAAACUUUGGGCUUCCAACCCAAGAUGCAUCGUUUGCGUGUUGUUCAUACCUUCCUCUGGUACCUGAUCUAUGGACACCCACUCCAGGACCAGACCACUGCCUUUGACUCAGCCAGUGAAACAGCAACAACUGACCUGAACAGCUCUGAUCCUGAUGGCAUAAACCCAGACAGCCAAGCCAAACAGGACCUGAAAGAAGCAGGAAGCUCUCGUGUAUCUAACUUGGAUGAGACAUUAGGUGAUGAAGAAGAGCUAGUGAAUGGUGAAUCAAAGACAAGUGUCUCAGAGUCUAACAUGAAAGUGUAUAUGGAUGAAGACUCGUGGAAGAGAUUCAUCCCUCCUGUCCGUUUGCACAAGAAUUUUGCCAGGGGCUGGGCCAUGGUUGGUGACCUGCUCCUCUGUUUGCCCCUCUCCAUUUUCACACAAGUGAUACAGAUUAAUUACAAGGUCGAUGGAUUGGAGGAAUACAUCAAUGACCCUGUGAAGCAGUACCAUCUUGUCAGAAGGCUUCCUGCAAAAAUGAAAAGGCAGCUUCUUUAUAAACGGAAAUACAUUCACAUCUUUCAUGAAAACCUGCAGAAGUUGGCCUACAUGGGUCUGAUGCAGUUUGGUCCUGUGGAGAAGUUCAAAGACAAAGACCAGGUUUUCAUUUAUGUGAAACGCAACGCCACCAUUGUCGACACCACCAACACUGAGCCUCACUACUGGCUGGUCACAGAGCCACCUGACAAACCAUUUGAGAGGCGCCAGUACACGCUGAACACGGCUGAGGAUGUGGAAAGCUACUGGUUUGACCUGAUGUGUGUUUGCCUCAAUACACCUCUGGGGGUAAUUCGCACUAAGAGAAAUAUGUCAGAGGAGGAGGAUGCUCCUUCAUUUGUGCAUGAUCGCUCCGUGUUUGUGGGACUGGCAUACCUGCUGAAGGGCAGUAAUGAAGUGCUUGAUGACGGGUCGAUACCAGGAGACGCUAAAGGAGCAGGAGGUCUGGACUCUGAAUUUUUCGGUCAUCUUAAACGAAACUGGUUCUGGACAAACCAUCUGCUUAGCUGUAAAACGAAACCAAGUGGUUUAGAGGCCCCUCAGACCAAGACCAGACUGAAGAGCCUUUUGAAUAAUGCUCUCCGAAUUGCUCUUCAAGCUGGAGGAUCAACUUCACCUCAUUAUUUGACCACCAAGCGCCCUCUGAUGUUGGAAAAUGUUGAGGUGGCCAUCGAGCCAGCUUCCCGAAACCAGCAGGUGGUUGGAGGAAAGGGACAAAAGAGGAAGAGAAGCAAAAAGGAAGUCAUCAAGGUCCCACGCAAGAAGAGGAAAGAGCCGAAAAAACGCACUCCUGCACAUGACGAGGCAGACCACAAGGCUCUGAAAAUGAUGACCAAACAGCGAGUGUACUGGUCCGUACAGGAGGACGGGCUGAUGAUGCUCUGCUCUGUGGCCUCAUACCUGCUCAACAGCAAGUUAAAAAGGCCGUUCAUACCUCACUGUCUGGUAAGAGACCUGCUGCAUUCAGAGUUUGAGAUAUCAGUGGAUAAAACAUCCGUCGCUGUUGGACGUCGCUCAAGAUACAUUCUGAAAAAUCCUCAAGCACUUCUGAACUACAGAAUCUGUCUGGCUGAAGUGUACGAGGACAAAACUAUGAUGAGACUCCUGGAGGAGAACAAACCUGCUGACACAGAUAAUCCAGAGGAUUGUUCCAAAUCAUUCUCUGAGUAUGUCAGGCUUCUCAGACAGAAGAUCAGCGCCGUCAUGAAUGCUCAGCAGAUGAUCAUACCUGAUUCUAAGCAGCAGCUCUUCUCACAGUUUAAGGUUUCUGCAAUAGAUGAUGGAAACCAUAUAUCAUGCAAAGACACCAUCAGAUGCAAAGAGGACAUUCAUACAGUGGUGCUGCAUAACUUGAUCCAGAGCACUCUGGCUAUGACCAACAGUCAAAUGAAAUCCUCCAGAUCCUUUCAGACCUUCCAUACUUAUAUUAAGUAUGACCAAGAGUUGCUGUGCCAAGUGUUCAUCCAGUGCAGGAAAAGACGCCUGGUCAACCGUCGUCGGAUCAAUAACGCAUUUGGGCCAAAGAAGAAUCGAGCGUUGCCCAUACUGCCCAUGUCCUACCAGCUUUCCCAGUCCUAUUUCAGGAGUUUCUCGUGGCGUUUUCCUCAUUCGUUGUGCACCGAUUCCUUUGGCUUCUUAAGGAGUCUUAUCACCAACGGGACUGGAGACGAAAGGCCCUUCACUUCUUUUUACCAUGAAACGGAAAACCGGUCGCAGGAAGGAGAGGAAGUGUCAGAAAGAAAGAUGGUAUCAGCAAGAAAAGAGAAACAGAAUCAAGGCAGAGCGAAUUGUAGUCGAGUCGGUGAACCACAGAUACAACCGGCGGUGGCAAUCACUGACUCCAAAAAGGAAAUGGACAACAAGCCAGAGAAGUUGUUGGGGUCCAUUAUGACCAGUGAUGAAGCUACGGAGAGUAUAUCAAACCAACAGAAAAACCCAGAAGGUUCCCUCACAUCAGCUUGUGGGGAUUCUUCGUUGAGCAGAGAGCAGAGAGAUUCCCAUCUGGUCAAAGAGCCAUUAGAAGUGUUGGCUGCUUCAGUCGCAGCUUGUCAGGCUUCAGAGGAUCCCCCAGAUGUGUCGGGCAUGAUGCAGUUCUCUCUGGACUCUCCAGGGGGAGCCUGUGUGGUCUCUCUCACCCUGAUGACUCUGGGACUCCUGAACGUGUACGUCUCCAUCCCUAAACAGAUAGUGAUGGUCGACAGCAACCUGGUGGAGAACGAUUUUGCUAAGAGUAUCGCUGCAUUGGAGGACGAAGACGAUGAGGACGAGGACGGUGAGGAAUGUGAAGGGAAAAAAAAGCUGCAAGUAACGGCACACCAAGCGUCACACACCAACUACCUGAUGAUGCAGGGAUACUGCUCUCCUGGCAUAGUCAAAUUGCGUAACCUCAGCAUCAACGAUAACAUCGUGGUGGAAUCGUGUUUUGUGAGGUUACAGCUGCGCAACACACCUGCUCACCACUUGUUCAGUGAGGACAUUUCUCCACCAUUGGAUUUGACAAAAUGUGGGCCCUCGGUGCCCUCCAUCCUCACCAGCUACAUCUCUUCAGCCUCCUCUUCUCCCAGUGAGGAGGAGUGUGACAGGCAUCUUAUCGAGCAAAGAGGAUACACAACUGAGGACAUUGGAGCGUGCGCUCAGCUCAGAAGGAGCUUAGAUGAAGCUGGUGAAAAGGGUUUGGAUGAACGUGACCUCUACGAGUCUCACGCGCACCUGCAGGAGCAACAAUCUGGACGCACCAUGAGCCUCCAGCAGUACAUGAAGGAUUUGCAAGAAGGCGGCCAGGUGGCUAAAGUUGGGAGUUUGGCUGUCCGUUGGGUGCUCAUGCACCACGCUGAACCGUGGCUGCUCAGUGUAAGCUCCAAGCAACAGUCCAGGUCUUACUCAGCAUCUGAGAAACCUCCGUUUCUGACGAAUCGGCACAACAUCCCCUUCAUGCGACAAAGAACCGGCAGAGAACGAGAUUGGGACACAGAGGAACCACCUUCAAAAAGACUUGCUGUCGACCCAGGAAAGGGUGCUGAUGCAGGAACUGAUGAGAGAUUGUCAAGUAACGCAACGGAGAAAGCUAAUGAGAAAGAAGAGCUAGAGCAACAGCAACAGACGGCAGAUGAGAGCAGCGGAGGAAACUUGGUGGACGAGGAGGAAGGAGCACAGACUCAGUCUCAGGAGGAAGGAAAAGAAGAGGUAGAACAACAAAAGGAAGAAACUGAGAAAAAAGGGGAUAAAAGAAGACGGCGGAAACCCAGAAAGAGUAAUAUGAAUGACGAAAGACAAAAAGAGGCGUGUUCUCCCUCAACAGUAUCGGGUGAUGAUGAGGAAAACUUGAGUUUCAUUAGCCGGCCGUGGCGAUUAGUUGAUGGAAAGCUGAACCGGCAGGUGUGCAAGGGCAUGCUGGAGGCGGUUCUGUACCACAUCAUGUCCCGGCCGGGACUCACGCAGCAGUCGCUGGUGGAACAUUAUAAAGAUCUGCUGCAGCCAGUGGCAGUGUUGGAAAUUGUGCAGGCACUCAUAGAGAUGGGAUGUGUGAAGAAGAGAACUUUGAUUAAAGAUCCUAAACCUUCACUUUUCUCUCGAUCUGAGCACCAGACAAGAAGGGAGACGAGCGUGAAGUUUGAGGAGGCAGAUGCCGUGUUUUAUGAGCCCACCAUCAGCUGCUGCCUUCGAGCUUGUCAGCUGUUCCCCAACGAACGUCACUGGAACGACUCCAUGUCGUGAAACCGUUAGGAGUUUGACGUUUAAAACCCAAGAGAACUGAGAAUUUCUUUCAGCAAUCAGACAGGUCACUUUGGAAACAUCAUCAGGUUCUUUGUACAUUUUUUUUCUUCAUAUUUUCUUAAGUUAACAGCCAAGUGUUUGGCGGUCUUUUUUUUUGUAAAUUUUUUUUUCUCCGCAACUUAAAAUUUAAAUAAAAGUGCAUCUUUUGACUGACCCUGGUGUUGAAUAAAAUCCAGCAAGCUUA